GCCAUUAUUGCGCAUGAUGGUGGCCUGAGCUACCCAGAAGAGGCCACCUGACACCCAGCAUCCCUGCUCAGGAAGGAAGUGAGAACAUCCCCGAGCAAGACCAACAAUUGCUGAAUGAAUACAAACCCCCUUGAGAAUCACGCCGACAGGUGCUAUCUCCUCACCUGGGGAUUGCAAAGGAAGUGAGAACAUCCCCGAGCAAGACCAAAAAUUGCUGAAUAAACACAAACCCCCUUGAGAAUCACGCCAAGAGGUGCUGCCUCUUCACCUGGGGAUUGCAAAGCCUCACCGCCGUGGACAGCGUGCCCCUCAUCUGUGACUACGGCUCUGGCUUCAGCAAGGUGGGAUUUGCAGGAAUGGAAAGCCCAAUGGGCGUGUUCCCCACUGUCCUCGGGAAACUUCGGCACGAUAAUGUAUUGCUGGGGAUGGAAGAGGAAGACUAGUUCAUUGGAGAGGAGGUUCAGAAAAAGCGAGGGAAACUCAACCUGCAAUACCCCAUUUCUUGGGCAACAACAACCAACUGGGACAACAUGGAGAAGAUUUGGCAUCACUCCUUCUACCAGGUGCUCCACAUCGCCCCAGAGCAGCACCCCAUGCUGGUGAUGGAGCCGCCUUUGAACCCAACACCCAGCAAAGAGAAAGUCACACAGGUGCUGUUUGAGACUUUCAACAUACCUGUCCUGUAUUUAGCUAACCAAGGAGUCCUUUCUCUGUAUGCCUCUGGCCAGACCUCCGGCAUGACUGUUGAAUCUGGAGAAGGAAUGACACACUUCGUGCCCAUCGCUGAUGGCUGUCCUUUGCAUCAGUCAACCUUCCAGGUGGACAUAGUGGGCCAGGACCUAACCUCGUACCUCCUGCAACUGUUGAAAGACAAUGUGCAAUUAUUGGUGGGCACAGGGGAUCGAGAGUACAUCCAGGACAUGAAGGAGAAAUGCUGCUAUGUGGCUUUGGACUUUGACAAGGAAAAGAUGAAAACCGAUUCACCUUCCCACCAACAGAAAUAUCAGCUGCCUGACGGCCAAGAGAUCACCGUUGGGCAGGAGAGUUCUUCUGCCCCGAGGGGAUGGCCUGGUCACGUGCACCACCAAUGUGAAGUAGAGAAGAAAUUGAGGUUCUUCACCCACUGUGGGGAAGUUCUCCCCGGGGUCUGGCUGGGUCCCAGUGAACAGGAGCACCACCCCAGAACGGUGAAACUAGCAGGGCCUUCCUGCCGGGCCUCUCUUAAAUGCCCCUUGGGGUUAGCCUUUUGUCCUGAGUCCAAGGUUAUUCGGCAAUUUUUCCUCACAGGCAAGAGGCACGGAAGGCACCACGCAGCCUUCCCAGGGGCUCACAAUUUUGAACAGAAAAUAUUAGGUUGGUGCAAAAGUAAUCGAUUACAUUUGCACCAACCUAGUAAUACAAGGCACACAUCUCUUCAGGGCAGUUCUCAUUAUAUUUGAGUUUAUUCAUGUGGCCAAAUGAUGAGCCAAGAAAGGAGGGAUCAGUGUCAUUUCUCAAAGGCUGCCGGAAGGAGGAUGCUGCCUCGACAGGAAUCUUUUUAUAUAAUUGAUACCAAGGCAUUACAUGUUAAGAACUGUCAAUAACAGUUGAAUAUAAAUUCUCCUGGAGGAGAGUGGAGAAUUCCUAUUUAUUUCCUCAACCAGGAGCAGCUGAGUCCUGUCAUCUGACCGGGUGGCUCCCUGCAUUCCCUGAUGGGAGCCCAGCUAAGCUAAGGGAAAAACACCCCUGGCAUCCACACGAUGGCCAUCCAGAGCAUCACUUCCUGCAACCCCGACCUCCAGAAGGUUCUCUUUGGCCACAUGCUACUGUCCGGAGGGACGGGCUCCUGCCCCGGCUUGCGAUUCCGGAUGCAGAGAGAAAUAUCUGAGCUGGUGUCCCCUACAGUUUAUGUGAAGCUACAGGCCGGGCAUGGUGGCUCACACCUGUAAUCUCAGCACUUUGGGAGGCCGAGGCAGGAGGAUUGCUUGAGGCCAUGAAUUUGAGGCCAGCGUGGGCAAUGUAGCAAGACCUCAUCUCUACAAAAAAAAUUAAAAUAUUAGCCAGGUGGCCACCUGUCCGUAUUCUGUCUAUGGAGCUUGGGUAGGUGGCUCCACCUUGUGCUCACUCUCCACGUUCAAGGAUAUGUGGGUCACCAGCAAGGAGUACAAGGAGAUGGGCUCUUCCAUCAUCAGUAGAAAAAGCUUCUGAUGUGUGGCUUUCAGGACCAUGUUGCCUGUGCCUUCGACACCAACUGCAGGAUGAGCCUUGUUGUGGCUGAAUUGAACAGAGCUCAGAACCAGCUCAAGGGCAAAGGCACUUCCUCCCCCAGACUUCAAUAAAGAAGAUC